CGGAAAUUAUGACAUUAUACCAGUCUGCUAACCACCACCUGGUUUGCAUAUUUAACUUCACUCUUCUCUCUCCGUAUAUCCAUAUUUAUCACAUAUAAAUAUAAAGCAAUAUCUGAUAUUCAAGCUAAACAUUCGAUUGACGAUUCUGCGACCAUUUCAAGAAGAUGGGUGAGUUGCCGUGGCCUUCCAAAGCAGAGUUGGAUGGAUUGAGAAAGAUGGUUGCUGAAAUGGCUGGAAAAGGUACUGAGAAAGUCAGGGUUGUUGUCUCCCCUUAUAGGAUUUGCCCAUUGGGAGCACAUAUUGAUCAUCAGGGUGGAACUGUUUCAGCUAUGACCAUUAAUAGGGGUAUAUUGUUGGGGUUUGUUCCUUCUGGAGACUCUCAGGUUCUGCUAUGUUCAGGACAGUUUAAAGGAGAAGUUAGGUUCAGUGUAGAUGAAAUCAAGCACCCAAAGCAUUUUGUCAAGGAAAAUGACAAAAUCAAUGGAAGUGGUUCAUCUAAACAACAGGAAGAAUGCAAUUGGGGAAAUUAUGCUAGAGGUGCCAUAUAUGCACUACAAAGUAGAGGGAACCAUCUCACCCAAGAUCGGAUGUCCAGGCAACAGAUUGGGACUGGCCGUAGAGACCUCUAUGUAGUGGAGAGCUUGCAUCUGCCUAUGACAACCUCUCAAACUUCUUUUCUCUUUUCAGGUAUCAUUGGGUUUGUCUGUGGUUCUGAAGAUCUUGAUAGUUCAGGUCUUAGCUCAUCUGCUGCUGUUGGAAUUGCUUACUUGUUGGCCUUUGAGAGUGCCAAUAAUCUUGCCAUGUCUCCCGCAGAAAAUAUUGAGUAUGAUCGGCUGAUUGAAAAUGAAUAUUUAGGUCUGAAAAAUGGGAUAUUGGAUCAAUCCGCUAUACUGCUAUCCAGCUAUGGUUGUCUGACCUGUAUGAACUGCAAGACCAAAGAACACAAGCUGGUACAUCCACCAAAAUUUCAAAAUCAUGAAACUGGGAUAAAGAAAGCAUACAAGGUAUUAUUGGCCUUUUCAGGCUUGAAGCAAGCUUUGACAAGUAACCCUGGAUAUAAUCACCGAGUUGCAGAGUGUCAAGCGGCUGCAAGAUUUUUGUUGAAAUCUUCUGGGAAUGAAGGGAUGGAGCCUCUCCUGUCCAAUGUUGAACCAAGAACAUAUGAAACUCACAAGUGCAAAUUAGAACCCUCUUUAGCUAGAAGAGCAGAGCAUUAUUUCUCAGAAAAUAUGCGGGUUAUCAAAGGACUUGAAGCAUGGGCUUCUGGCAACUUAGAAGAUUUUGGGAAGCUCAUCUCAGCUUCUGGUCUUAGUUCCAUCCAAAAUUAUGAAUGUGGUUGUGAACCAUUGAUACAAUUGUAUGAGAUCCUUCUAAGGGCUCCUGGUGUAUAUGGCGCACGAUUUAGUGGUGCUGGAUUUCGAGGGUGUUGUAUUGCCUUUGUAGAUGCUAAUUGUGCAAUUGAAGCUGCAUCAUUUGUUAGGAAUGAAUAUAAGAAGCUCCAACCAAAGUUGGCAAGCCAAAUCAACCAAGAAAAUGUUGUUUUGAUAUGCGAUACGGCUGACUGUGCUUGUGUAAUCUGACUUGUUCUUGUUUGGGUAUGUAUAAAUAAAGGUACUUAUUCGUGCACUGAUUUGUAAAAUGCAAUGUAAUUUCAUUUAAUUCAUUGAUUGAAUUAAAUAUUCUCGGACCUGUUGUUUCUUAUGUGUAGUAUGAAAUCAUUAUUAUGAAUAUUAAUCUUAGCAUUUGAUAAUGCAUCA